AUGAAUACUAACGUUAACAAUGAUAAAACUUUAAAUAUAUCUGAACAAAAUAAAGAUGAAUCAUUACCAGAAGUUCAAAUUAAUCCUUUAACAUUAUUAAAUUCAAUAUCGCCAUUUAAACCUAUUGAUGAUAAUCAAGAAAAUAUACUUGAAUCAACAUGUAUCAAUAGAUCACAAUGUCAAACAAAUGAUGUCAGUGCAUCAUUAUCAGAUAAGUUUGAUCAACAAAAUACUAAAAAGCCAUCAUCAAUUACUCGUAUGGAUGAACAUUCGAUUGCUGCUUGGGUUAAAUCAACGACAGCAGAAUCGAUAACAUCACCUAUUGAAAGAUCACCAUCACUUCCAUCAACAAUAAUUGAACAAAUAGCAGCAUCAAGUCGUCGAACAUCCACUGUAUCAACUUUAUGUGAUCAACAGCAACAACAACAAUCAGUUACUUCGGAUACAAUGUCAUCGACAUUAUCACAAAAUCCAUCAAUAUCAACUGAGAUUCAACGUAGUUUUUCAUUUCCUACAACCGCUUUGCAUCAACACGACGAUGAACAGAUUCGUUUUAGUAGAGGCGAAGAAAAUGAGAAUGAAGGUUCUUCACAAUUUCUUCCCGCACCAGAAUCAGAAGACUCAGAAGUUGAUAAAAAAAUGAAAAACAUACCAUCCUUGGAAGAAUCCAUACAAUUCAACGCUCGAUCACCAAUUGAAGAACAAACAAAAAACUUGCCUAGUAUUUCAUUUGAUCCUUCUAUUUCGUUGAAAACUCAUCGUAAAUCAAUAUCAAAUCGAAAACGACAUAAUUCUUGGAAUGUAAAUAAAAAUAAACUUUACUUAUAUCAACGUUCACAAUCACAUCAACUAUCUAGUCAAUCACCAUUAUUGAAAUCUGAUAUAAAUCAGAAACAAUUUCUUACUAGUCCUUCAAUGCCAACUAAUGUUAAUAUUUCUCCUACUGGUAAUAGAACAAAUCAAUCAUCAAGUUUUUCGGAUAAUGUUUUUCUUUCAACAUCAACAACAAAUUCUCCUUCAUCAUCUAAUCAUUUAAAAUUAAUAAAUAAUUCAUCAAUAUGUUCUCAAUUUUUAUCUAUUCCAUCAUCGACAUCGAUGCUUUCAUCAGAUCGACUUACAUCAAAUAUAUCUGAUAUAUCUGGUAAAAGUGGUAUUGAAUCAUCAAAUUUAAGAACAAGUGCAUCCGAACCACCACUUACAGCUAGUAUUAUUGAAGAAGAAACACAUGAUAAAAAUAAUUUAUUUUUUUCUAAACAAAAACAAACAAGUUCACCAUCAACUGUAUCAUCAAGAACAGCAAGUACAGAAAAUUUACCAACAUCAUCAAGUGAAAAUGAAAUACAUAAUAUUCAUAAAAAACCAAAUGUGUCAAAUAAAACUGGAAAAUGUCAAAAAACACCAGCCAAUCAAAGAUUAGACGCAUUGAGACAAUUAAAAUGGUUACUUGAAAAAAGGUCAACAAUAAAUCCUCGAUUAAAUCUUGGACGUCGAAGACACCUUCAGGGAACAAUACCGAUUCGUUCAUCAUUUCGAUCAAAUAAUACUCUUAAUACGAUGACACAAUUUGAAUCAAAUCUAUCAAAUUCUUCUAAAACAUCAGUACAACUUUUCUCCAGUGCAAAUGAGAAUUCUAAUCAAGUGCAUUCGUUACCUGUCAAUUCUCAUCUUCAUACAUCAACAUCACCUUCACAAUCAUUUAUAUCACAUAUUGAUCCUCUAAGUCAAAGUUAUACUUCUGUAAUUAGUAUGCAUUCCGAUUCAAGUCUUAAUGGCACAUUAAUAAAUACGAAAUCUAAAACACAAAGUUCUGGUACUGGUACAAUAUCACUUACUUCUUCACUUCAUUUACAACGAAAUACUACAAUUAGUAAUAGUCAAUCUCAACGAAGACGAUUACUUCAACAUCGUCGUAAUCUUAGUGGUUUAGCUGCUGUUCAACGAGAUCGUAAAAAUUCAUCUACAAAAUCAAAUAGUAUUAAAAUAGAUGAACAUCAACAUGUAUUACAAACAUCACAACAACAAUCAACACCAUUAGUUCGUGAUACAAAAGCAAUACUUAAUGAACAUUUAAUAAUGAUAAAUAAUUUACUUUUAAAUUAUUCAUUUAAUGCUAGUAUACAAUAUCCAUCACAAAAUUCAUCUAUUCGAGAUUUUCUAUAUACACGUUUAAAUGAAUUAUCAUUAAAAAAUCCAAUGAAACAACGAUGUUCAAGAAUUGAAACAAAAGCUUUUAUUGAUUCAAUAACUAGUUAUCAAAUGAAUCGAUCUCAUCAUUAUAAAUAUUUAAUUAAUAGUAUUCGAGAUUUAUUAAAAUCAAAUAAUGAUCCUGUACGUUUAUCAACUUGUUCAAGUGAAACUGAUGAUGAUGAUGAUAUAAUAGAAACUAAAAAUAAUAUAGAUAAUAAUGAAUUAUUAAAUACUUCAGUAUUAUCCGUAACUCCUAUAGAAACAACAGAACAAACAAGUGAUAUAAAAUUUUUUAAAGAUCAUCCAUUACGUUUUUUUCGUACAUUAUCUGUUGAUUAUAUUCGUGAUUGUGAACAAACAGAAAAAGAUUUAACACAAAAAUUAUUUGAUAUAGCUGAUAAACAACAUAUACUUUAUUGUUUAAAACAUGUUGAUAGUGGUCAUACAAAUGAUUUAUUAGCUAUAUUUCAUCGUCGACUUGAUGCUAUUUGUGUUUGGUAUAAUUUAUAUUAUGAAUUAACAAUAUCCGUUAAAAAAUUAAGUGGUCUAUUACGUUGUAAUGAUUGUGAAGAUUGGCCAAAAUUACAUUUUCGUUCACUUGCAACUGAUCGUGAACGUAAAGCAAAACGUGCUGAUGAAAGUGAUGAUUAUACAAGUGAGAAUAGUAGUAAUGAAGAUGAUGAUGAGGAUGAUGAUGGUGAUACAAAAACAACAGAAGAAAGUGAAGUUACAAGCGAAUCAAAACAAAGUGUUAUUGAAAAAACAGAAGAUGGAGAUGAUACAGAUAUUAUGCCAAAAAUUUGUUGGUCUGAUGAACCACUCGAUCAAUUUUCAAAUCUAAAGAUAUCGGAUGAAUCAUCUCAUCCAACAACAAAUGCUACAACACAAAAAUUAGAUAGAACAGCUUGUUAUCGAAAUUUUGUUUAUUAUAUGGAUAAGCGAUCUUAUCAAGUAAAAUAUGAUGGUUUAGCUCGAACAUUAAUUGAACGUGUUGCACCAGUGUUAUUUAAAAUUCGUCUUGCUUUAUUACAAACAACAGAUCGACGUGAUAUUAAAAUUGAACAAGUACUUGCCGGUUUAUCUCUAUCUGAUUUUCAAUUAUCAGAUAUAAAUAAAACAGAUUCUAAAACUACUCAAAAUACAGAUGAUAUUGAUGAUAAAUUAGUUGAUACAGAUAAUCCAGUUACAGAUGAUAAUAUAACAAAUAUAAAUAUAGGUGAAUUAACUAUUGAAAAAUGGUUACAUCAUGUAUUAAAAUCAUGUUCAACAAUAAAAAUUAUAUGUACACAUACAGAUGAUAUAUUAAAACAAAAUUGGCUUGAAUUACAUGAACAAUUAGGUUUACCAUCACUAUUACCUUUAUAUUUUUUUAUAAUUAAUGUUUUACUUGAUGUUAUGAACGAAUGUUUAACUCUUUAUAAUAAACCAUAUAUGAAUAAUGAUAUUAUUGAAAUAGAUCCACUUUGUCGACAACAACUUGUUCGUGAAGCAAAACUUGUUUUAAGAGAUGCAUUAGCUACACGUUUAUAUAGUGUUCGUAUGAUGGAACAAUUCAUUUCUAAUCGUAAAAUUGCUUAUGAACUAACUGAAUUCGAUGAAAAAACAGUUAAUCUAUAUAUGCAUUAUAAACAAUUUUUAAGUACAGUUUCUAUUAAUCGAACAUAUGAUAUUAAUAAUGAUAGUCAUCAAAUUGCACUCAAUGACGCUGAUAAAGAAUAUUAUUAUUAUGUUGAUGAAGAAACAUCAGAAUUAAUAAAAGAAUAUUAUUUUGCUCGAGAUCUUACAUUAACAUUAGGCAAUCGAGAUUUAAUUCAUGCAUUAGGAUUUCAAUUUAAUGAUCUUGUAAGAGGUAUAUUAGCACAAUUGAAAGAAGAAUUAUAUGAAACAACAGAAACAUAUUAUCAAGUAUUUGCAGCUGAUACAACUAAUACAUCAAAUACUAGUGAUGGACUUUAUUCAGCUGAAAUCAUAUCAGAAUAUACAAAACCACCUUAUUUUCACUCAUCAGUCAGUGUUCCAGGUGACUUUGCUCACGCAGAAUUUUCAAUGAGCGACGCAGGAGCAUCUUUUUCUGAACAGAAAAAAUGUGAAAUAAUCAAUAGUACACGUGAAUUUCGUCGAAGUUUUGAUACAAUUAAACAACGAACAAUACGUAUUUGUUCAUUGGGUAAAACUCUCAUUGAUGAUUUUUCAAUUGCAGCAGAAUUUAAAUGUCAUAAUUAUCAUGAUCUAUGGCAUGAGCUUCGACAUCAUAACUAUGCACAAGUCAAACUUCAUUUAGACAUAAGUAGUUCAGAUGAUUUCGAUAGUUUUUAUUUAUUUGUUCCUCCAUGGUUAACAACAGAUAAAAAUCAAGUCGAAAAAUUACUUAAUCUCAUUUGUAGUCAACAAUUACCAUCAGAUGAAUUAACAAAAUCAAAUAAAGAUAUUAAACCGUCAUAUAUGAUAUAUAUACCAAAGAAAACUUCUCAUUUAUAUAAUACACAUUGGACCGGUGAUAUUGUUCUUAUUCGAGCAAGUGAAAGUACACAAUUAGCAUUGAAUUCAACUGAAUUAGCAUGUCUUCAUUUGGUUGUUACACGAUCUGAUCAUUGGCAACAAGCUGUUGAUUUAUUUCAAUUUCAUGCUGGAUCAAAUAAUAAUAUUCAAUUUGUUAAAAAAUUAGCUCGUGAUGAAGAUAUACGUUUAACAUUCGAUCAAUUACCUGAAUUUAUUGAUAAAUUGAGUAAUCAAUUAACGCAUCUUGUUCGUAUACUUAAUGCUAUAUGGGAUCAAGAUUCCAUUAAAAUUUUUCUCACUGAAAUAGUUAAAUUUGAUGAACGAGAAUUACGUACAAUUGAAUCAAAAUUACUUGAUCUUGUUUUAUAUGUAUAUAAUUCAGGUUUUGAAUUAUUUCGUCUUUUAUAUGAUCUUUUACCUCCAAUGUCAAUAAAUGAUGAUAAAAUAUUAAAAAAAUUUGUUAGUAUAAUGAAUGAAUUUUUUUGUGAAUGGUGUAAAUGUGUUACAAAAAAAUUUAAAUACACAUCAACACAACAAGCUAGUACAGCAAAAUAUAAAGUUCUUAGACCAAGAUGGUUUUCACCUGGAAUGAUUUUUCUUGGUUUUUUGGCUAAACCUCCUCAUUUACAAUUAUUAACUGAAGAUGAAUAUAAAAAAUUAAUGACAGAAAUGCCAGUUGCAUUGAAGGCAUUACGUGGAAAUACAUUGGAUAAUCGAGAUUUAUCUAUAACAAAAGCACGUUCAAAUAGUGCAUCAUCAAUACCAACAAUUCCUAUUCGACAACAUAAUCGAUCGAGUGGACAUCGACGUUUUGAUAGUAGUGGUGGUAUUAUUGAAUUAUUAACAUUACCAUUUGUUAAUUCAAUUGAACGUAUUCAACAAAGUAUAGAAAAACGUGAACAAGAAUUACAACAAAAACUUCGUGAACGUAAACAAAUUGGUCAAAUAUUUAAUAGUAAUAAUACGACAACAGCAAGUGGUACUACAUUAGAUCCUGUUAUAUCAUUAAAAACACGUAAUAUUGAUUUUCCUUGGCGUCGUGGUACACGUAUUGGACAAGGUGGUGCUGGUGUUGCAUUUCGUGCUAUAAAUUGUUCAAAUGGUUCAAUUGUAUGUAUGAAAGAAAUACAAUUAUCAUCUAUAGCAUCUCGUUCAUUACCAAAUACAUAUCCUGAAAAAUUACGACGUAUUGCAGCAGAAAUUGAAAUGAUUAUGUCUAUUAAUCAUCCUAAUAUUGUACGAUAUUUUGGUAUAGAAAAAUAUAAGAGAACAAUUUAUAUUUGUAUGGAAUAUUGUUUAUCAACAGUCAAUGAAUUUUUAAAUGAUAUUCGUGCAUUUCAAAAACGUGCACAUAAUAGAAAAUCGAAUAGUGGUUUAUGGAGUGAUUCAAGUGAUCAAGAUGAUGAAAUGAAUACAGAUAAUGCUCAUUUAGCUCCAUCACUUGAUGUCAAUGAACUUGUUCGAGGUUUUGUCAAACAACUUUUACAAGCAUUAUUAGCUUUACAUGAACAUUGUAUUGUUCAUUGUGAUGUUAAAGGUGAUAAUAUAUUUAUUGCAAAUCAAAAUGGACAUUACAUUGUGAAAUUAGGUGAUUUUAAUUUAUCUCAUCGAUUGGAAUUAGAAUCACGUUCACCAAAUGAUAGUGACUCACGUAGUACACAAUUUGGCACUUUGUAUUUUAAACCACCUGAACCAGAAUAUGUUUAUCAAUCUGAUAUUUGGGCAUUGGGUUGUACUGUCAUUGAAAUGCUUACUGGCAAAUUACCUUGGACAAAUGUAACACGACCACCUGAAGAACGUAUUUAUAUUCAAAAUCAAUUAUUAGCUAAAAAAGGUCCACCUAUUCCAGAUGAAUUAAAAACAGAACAUGAAGCAUAUGAUUUUAUUCAAUUAUGUUUAACACCUGAUGUUAAUCAACGACCAUUAGCUAAAGCAUUACUUGAUCAUCCAUAUCCUCGUGUUCGAACAGGUAAAAAUUUUAUUAGUUUUUUUGUUUGA